CUUACAUAGUCUAUCUCUUUCGCGCCGCGCGUGCUCACUCUACUCCAGCGUUGUGAAAUAAAGGGAGCGGAAACCACUGAAAUCCAGAGUAUUCAAGCCGUGUAAUUUUCUCUCUAGUUGCAAGCUGGAUGCUUCUGACAUAUUAAUUUCCCUAAAUGCACUAUCUCCAAAUGUUCUCCCUUGUUUGCUGAGCACUUUGUACCAGUUUCAUCUCCUCUCGAGUUCAAACAUCUAGCUCCUCUGAAUCACUUACAUACACUCUAGCUCAUACAACAUGAUUCCCGUAACGAACCCGCCGAUGACAGCAGGGGAGUUUUUGGAGGAAUACAUCGAGAGUCUCGAGAACUUGCCGUCGGAGGUGCAGCAGGGACUUCAGGAGCUGCGAAUGGCCGAUGAGAAGUAUUUCGAACUCCGGGAGAGCUACCGCACCCAUUGGAAGAAAUAUAUCAAGUUGGCCAAGCGAUCUAGCAUACCGGUUGGAGAUGAUCCCAACCUCGUAGCAGCACGUCUGAGUAUUGAGAAAGAGUACUGCACAGCUAUCCGGAAGGUGGACCAAAAGAUUGACCUCAGUGCGAAGCUCUACGAAUUGAUCAACCGUCAAAUCGUGCGUUUGGACGAGGAAACGCAGCGUUUGGGAAUCGAUCUUCAGGAUGCUGGUGAAUUGAAGAAAGCCCAUCUGGAUGCCCCUUCAGUCAGCAGAGAUCGCAAGAGCCAAAAAGGCCCUAUCUCUGCACCGAGGAGCAGCCCCAAUGGCCGAAAACGCGGCAGUGGCGCCAUUGCGAUGGAAAUCGACCCCAACGAACCGCUGUACUGCUUCUGCCAGCAGGUCUCGUUUGGCGACAUGGUUGGCUGCGACAACGAUUCGUGUGACAAGGAAUGGUUCCAUUAUGGAUGUGUCGGCUUGACGGAGCCCCCAAUUGGAAAGUGGUACUGCGCAACUUGUCUUGCCAACAUGAAGACCACUCGAAAGUAGUGAAAUAUCCCAGCUCGUGUCGUCUUUAAGAUGUGUCAUCGUACAACCUCCUUCAUUGUAUCAUCGAGCACAAUGCAAAGGCUGUCGUAUCCUCGCUGUCUUUCUUAAAUACAGUCUGUACAAUUUCUAUAUAAUAAACAUCAACAAUGAAAGCGC